AUGGCGCUACAAAAGGUACAAGAACUUACUAAGUUCUUGGUAGAGUUAUGGGAUCUUAUGGAGAUGCCAAUUGAUGAGCAAAAAGCAUUUAGCCAUGUUACUAGAUUAAUUUCAGCAUCAGUUGACGAAGUGUCAAUCCGAGGAUGCCUCUCUGCUGAUGUCAUUAAGCAGGUUGAGGUUGAAGUUCAGCGCUUAAAUGUUUUGAAAGCUAGUAAGAUGAAGGAAUUAGUGUUUAAAAGACAUAAUGAACUUGAAGAAAUUUACAAAGGAGUUCAUAUGGAUGUGGAUAGUGAAGCGGCUAGAAAGAUUCUCACCAACCGCAUAGAAUCUGGUAAUAUCGAUAUGUCUGAAUUGCUUCAAAGCAUGGAUGAUCAAAUCAGAAUGGCCAAAGAGCAAGCUUUAAGCAGAAGAGAUAUCUUAGAUAGGGUGGAGAAGUGGAAAUUUGCAGCUGAGGAGGAAAAGUGGUUAGAUGAAUAUGAAAAGGAAAACAAGAAGCAAUUAUUUUGCCUAAUUAGUGAUUGUAUCUAUGAGUUCAACGCUUUUGGAUCAUGA